UCAUGGUUUCUUUCCUGCGUUGCUACAUGGGCUCUCUUCUGCGGCCCAACACUUGCACAAAGCAAGAUCAAUCCUAAUGCGAACCCUUGGGUAUUGAAUUACGGUUCAGAAGGGCCAUGGAAUGCAGUCAUCCAACUGGUAGAUUUUCCAGAGCAAACGACUUUAUUUGUCUCAGCCAGCGCUUGCGAUACGCAGGAUUCUGCCUGUCAGCUGCAGCGAACAGGCAUGUGGACGCAAAGUCCUGCCCAUUCACUGUCCGAUUGGGUCAAUAUCUCCAUACCAGAAGCCUCAAGAUGGGAUGUAGCGGCCGACCCUCUAGCACUUGAGGGGACUGGUACGCUCACCAGAGACCGUAUCGUCUUGUGGUCAGCAAAUCGCGCAGACGGGCCAUACUAUCUGGACGGAGUGGCUAUAUCCAUAGCGUCCAAUUAUACCGUUAUGGAUUCAGUAGAUACGUCCUAUACUCUGGACGUUGGCAUGUUGUCGUUGCACACUGGACUGGACACGAUUAAUUGGACCACUGGCAAUGGCUCGGAUGUCUCGUACGAUCGGUUCUUGAAUCGUGCUUAUCAGACUGGGAACAUACCAUCUGUCUCAUUCGGCCUCCAUGUGGGCUCUGUCUGGCCUUCGAUCCCGGGCAGUCUUGUGUUAGGCGGUUAUGAUAGGUCCCGGUGCAUCAGUACACCCAUUGUCUCAGAAACUGACGACUUCUCACUCACCGAGCUUAGCCUAGAAGUCACCUCUGGAGGAUGGCCUUUCUUCAACGUCACAAAGGUCGACUAUCAACAUCUCUUGCGCAGCGACGAUGCCAACAUAAACGGCGGCAACAAUUCUCUGAUAGUGGUACCGAACCCUGGGGUGCCAUACAUGUACUUGCCGAAGAAUACAUGCGAAACGAUAGCAACAUUCCUUCCCGUGACCUUCGACCAAAGCCUUGGACACUACAUCUGGAACACGACGAAGCCGGCAUUCAAGAAAAUAAUGUCGUCACCAUCAGCACUGAAGUUCUCGUUCCGUACAGAAUCAGGGAUUGCAAACAUCUCAGUGCCUUUCGCGCUCCUGAACCUCACUUUGGAUUAUCCUCUCACCAGCACGCCAACACAAUACUUUCCAUGUGCUCCUUACACACCUUCGGAUGGUUCGCCGUACCACCUUGGGCGCGCUUUCCUGCAAGCAGCGUUCUUGGGACAACACGGACAGGCACAAAAGACUUUCUUGGCUCAAGCUCCAGGACCAGGUGCAAAGGCUGAGGCUAUAACAAAGCUUGCCUCAACCGACACGACUCUGACAGCUAUGGCGAAUCCACCGUACUGGAAUGCGACGUGGACUGAUCAACUGAGCGCACUUGCUGACAAUAACGGCAUGGGUAAGUCGGGUACAAAGAAAUCNCGGAGGGUUGGUGGAGGGGCGAUCGCAGGGAUCGUAGUAGGAGUAGUCGCGGGGCUUGGGCUAUGCGCGAUUGCAGGCUUUGUUUUGCAUCGACGACGCAAGUCCGGCAAGCAACAGACUGUCCACCACCAGGANGAUUCAGGGAAAGAAGAUUUUCUGGGAGUUCCAGGCCCGGUCAGCGAAUCUGCUAGUGAGCCCAUUCAUGAGAUAGCAGCUGCUGAACAGGCGAGAAAGAGCGGCAACAAGAUGCGGCCAGCCGAGAUGGCAGUGGCAGAAUAUGUUGGAGAGUUGGAAGGAAGCGAUGUGUAUCGGAGGAGUCAGGUUUCGUCU